AUGUACGAAGGGAUUGACAACCUGAAAUCCCUUUACGACCGUGCCGGGAAGACUUUCUCCGGCGGUCCUUCUGCUGCACAGGAUGUGCCGCGUCGUACUGCUCAACCAGACCAAGUACGUCAAUCAUCAGUUGGGAGCGGGGCUCCCAAGUAUCCCAGGACGGGGGAUAGCCGCGCCACCGGACGAGAUAACUCGUCCGACGUCCGUUCACGUCGCGGUGGUUCAACAGCUGCUCAACCAGAUAGCGCUGGCCACCGCGAGAGUCCUCUAAUGGAGGUGGAGGAGGAGGAAAGACGCUCUCCACACGAUCAUGUGGAUCGAUGUGUUCCCGAGAGCUUCUUUGAUCGCGUAACGCAAGGGUUACGCGACGAUCUCGAGCAUGAGCGGAAUAGGCGUCUCCAAAUGGCGGACACUGUCUUGAAGCAUCGAGCUGAGUCUGCCUUUUCUCAGCUUGAGAACGAGAGAGCUUUUACAUCUCUGCGUGACGAGCUAAGGGUAGCUCGUGGAAUUGUUGAUCGGUCUCGGGAUGAGAUAACUGCUCUUCAGACCCUGAUCGAUGCCCACCAUCGGGAGCACAAGGCUCUCUGCGAGAUGCUUGAGCGCAAGGGCAUUCUUCAUCGGAAGAAGCAGCGUACUGAUGGUACGGCUUAA